AUGGGAGUUGCCCCACCCCUGGUGGAGUCAUGGGGCCUCAAGGUUUCGGAGGACCUGGAGCUGUCUCGACCACAGCUGAGGUCACUCUUCAAGGUGGAGGUGGCGGCGGUGCUAGAGGACUCCGAUCUGUCAGAGGAACAGAAGGUGGACGGUAUCGAGGCCUCGAAAGAGGCCUUCGGCUUGAAGGACAAGGAGGCCACAGCCGAGAUGCAGGAUUUGAUCAAGAGUCGCUGUCGGGCCUGUCUCGUCAAUGCUUCCGGUGACCUGCUGCAGGAGAAUCCCGGAGCCGCCGUGGAGCAGAUGAGAAGGCUCGAAGUUUUGGCCGCCUUCGGCCUCUCCGCUGGCGUGGAGUUUCAGGAUGAGUGGCAGGUUGCGCCGGCGAUGAGGCAGAAGUUGCUGCAGACUUAUGCUUCUGGAACGAAGAGCUCUCCCGACAUGAGGAUGCUUGAGCGCGUGCUCAAUUUGGUCAAUGCCUGA